GGCCGCAGCGCUUGGCACCGGAGCUCGAGGGGCGGGGGUUGGGGGCGGGCCGGCUGCCGCCAUGGCCGGGAGUCAGGACAUGUUCGACGCCAUCGUGAUGGCGGAUGAUAGGUUUCACGGGGAAGGUUAUCAGGAAGGCUACGAAGAAGGAAGUAGUUUGGGUAUGAUUGAAGGAAGACGGUAUGGCACGUUACAUGGAGCUAAAAUCGGAUCUGAGAUCGGGUGCUACCAAGGUUUUGCUUUUGCCUGGAGAUGUCUCCUGCACGGCUGCACCACUGAGAAAGACAGCAGAAAGAUGAAGGUCUUAGAAUCGUUGCUUGGAAUGAUUCAGAAAUUCCCUUAUGAUGACCCUACUUAUGAUAAACUUCAUGAAGACUUAGACAGAAUUAGAGGGAAAUUUAAGCAGCUUUGUUCAUUACUAAACGUCCAGCCCGACUUUAAAAUUAGUGCAGAAGGUUCCGGACUUUCAUUUUGAGGAUGACAGACGCACAAAGACGAAACAUCAGGGAACAGAUGUUCCCUCUCCCAUUCCAGGUGUCAGCCAGAGCAGCCGGCAGCCACUUCCUUUCCGCCAUCCCGUGGGGCCAAGCUGCCUCAUCCAUCAUCUUCAGGGGCCCUGGACACCGGACUUGACCUGUGCCAGCCUGGCUCCUUCUUGGAGGAUGAGACCUAGUUUCCAGGACCCCUUGGUCACCCAAGACAGGUGUUCUGGUUACAGUACAGACAGAGCCCCCGUUCGCGUCACAACCACUGUGUCCCUGUGAUGCCACCUCCAGCGAUGGGGUCCGGGGAGCUUGCUCUUCUGGCUGAUGAGACGGUGGAGGACACCCGAGGGCUUCUGGGAAAGGUCACAUCACUCUUGAGAGAGAUGGUAUCUCUUUUGGAAGUUGUCCUGUGGGGAUGCGACACCUGGAAUUAUGACAGGCAGCUUGCAAGCAGCUAUGGAUGAAGCCAGACCUGGGCAUGGCAGAGCCCAGCCAGAGAGGACCCAGCCCGAGGACGUUGCCGAGCAGCUGUGCUGACUGACCCCCGAGAGGCGCUCUGCUUGCCAACCUCGGUUAUAGGAGCUGAUGAAUGCCCUAGUUCAAGGCCACUUCGGUAGGGCUUCCAUUGUUUGCAGGCAAAGGUAUCCUGCUUGCCCUCUCCCCCAGCCCAGCCCAUCCCAUCCCAUCCCUUCCCUUCCUGUCCACCUACACCUGGUCCUGUUGGAUAUUAACCCUUGUUGGAUCUCCCCCUUUCCAGGGGCUCAUAGAUUUCCCACCGCUCUGGCCUGCUUGCUCUUCCCUGUCGGAAACUCCCAGCAUAUUUUGUGCCACAUUAUUAGUCAGCCGGGGCUGCCAUAGUGAAUGCCGCACAGUGGGUGCCUUAAACAACAGGCAUUCACUGUCUCCCAGUCCUGGAGGCUGGAAUCUGAGAUCCCAGUGUGGGCAGGGCCGGUUCCUCCUGAGGCCUCUCCUUGGUGUGUAGACGGCUAUCUUCUCCCUGUGUCCUCACACAGUCGUCCCUGUGUGUGUUGGUGUUGCUUUAAGGACUCCAGCCCUGUUGGAUUGGGGCCCACCUUGAUGACCUCCUUAAAGGCCCCAUCUCCAAAUAUAGUCACAUUCUAGGUUCUGAGGGGCAAGACUCCAACAUGAAUUUUUGUGGGGACAUAAUUCAGCCAUAGGGUGAAUACAGGGUGGCCUGUAAUAGCCACCCUGUCUGGCUGCCUGGACAGACUUAACUUGGGAGAGAAGAAGACCAUUUCACUUAAAAGUUGAAGUUACUUUGGGACUUCCCUCGUGGCGCAGUGGUUAAGAAUCCGCCUGCCAAUGCAGGGGACACGGGUUCCAGCCGUGGUCCGGGAAGACCCCACAUGCCGCGGA